UUUGAAAUGAUUAAUUAUAAGGGAACUAGCGGUAAAACUUCGGGUCACAUAGAAUCGGCACUUACAACCCCCGAUUGCAACUACGUACCUACCUACCGUAACGCAGAGGCACAUCGCGACGUAGCGUAUUAAGGUUCACAGAUGGCUUCAAAGUUUCCAAACCAUCACAUCGUCGAACUUUGUAGAGCAGAUGACAAGCCCAAUUGUUACAAUCAACCGAUGUCUUUAAUAUCCAAUGCUUAUCAUGACUUUCCCAUUUCCAAAAUUCCCAAUUGACAUCAGACGAUAUCUCCAUAUCUCAUUCACAUGCUACUCAUAACCAACCAUUGCUAUUCAUUUCCUAACCAGCAAUAGCAACCAUGUUAACGACGGCGCCAUACCUGCGCGUACGACGACCCUCCCCUACUACGGCCGAGUUCGUCGUAUCGACGCUGCCUCCACCGACGCUACCGCUGCGCAUCACCCUCGCGGCCAUCUACUUCUUACGUCUCGUGCUUAGCCUCGGCGUGUUACUGCUCCUAUACUCGGUCUGGGCUCAAAGCCCGUACUCGACUUCGACGACGCCUCUCGAGCAGCUUUCGUCACCAGCUCCUCUAUCACAUUCGCCACUCGAUAUCUCUACGUCUUCUGACGCCACUGUAACUACAGCGGCUAGCCACAGUGACAGCAACGAUGACUCUACAUUCCUAGCCAUCAUCCAGCAAACCCUCCAAACCCUCCUCCAUUCCCGCAUCGGGCAGCUCUGCAGCUCCCUCGCCGCCUCCCUACCUCCGUGGAUCAUAGUCCCCUGCUCCUUCGCGACACUGUACCUGUUAUCCCUACGCAUCGGGGUCGAAGAGCGGCUCCUAGUCCUGCGGGGGCUAGGGAUCCAGACGAGCUCGAGCGGCGAGACCAUCUUCUCUCCCCUGAAAACGCGCUUCAUCCCGACCGACAAGAUCCAGGACGUCCUGAUCAACGAAGCCUUCCGCGGCUUCGAGGUUCGGCACAUACUAGUCGUGAUUGUGGAGGACGAGGAGCAUGUCGUCGUCGUAUUCCCCAAACUCUUGCCACGCCCGUGCAUCUUGGAGAAGGUUUGGAGGGGCGUGAGAGGGUGCUUGUACGAGCAGGAAGGGCACAAGGCGGACGGCAAAUUCUAGAAGGAUGUGACGUCGCUGCGUGACCCGGGAGAAAGAAAUGUUCAUUGGAAGUCGACAUAGAAAGGCGUUUGGCGUAGAGUUCACUCUUGAAAUAUGAUACCCCCGAAGGUGUUUUGUAGCUUAAUUAUUCACAAGGCACUAAUGAAUUAUGCUAUUUUUACUCCCUA